UUCCCGACGUUUCAUCAAUCCUCGGUCGCCCAACCGAUUCUCUUCUCAGUAUCGUUUCAGACGCGCGCGCGAGUCCGAUCGCUCCCAAAAGUGUGUACAUAUACAGUACACCCAACAGAACGAGAAUUCAUAGUUUUUAGUGCUGGCGUUUUUUAAAUUGGUGCACAAAGUACGAGCAGUGGGUGGAUAAUGGCUCGCCGGACGAUUCUGGCUGGCGUUUUUGUUUUCGCUCUGCUGGCUACGGUGCUCGUCGAAGACAUCGAUGCCAGAAAAACGAGCGGAGGCAGUCGCAAGAGCGGCAGUAGCUGGGGAUGGGGAUCGAGAUCGACGCCCAAGACGCAACAGCAUCAGCACGGAACCGGUUCGAUCGGCUGGAGUAACCCGUCAAAUCAAAAGCCAGCCAGCUACCCGAGCAGCAACCCCAAACCUUCGGCACCGGGUAGCGAGCAUAUUUCCAAGAGCAGUGCGACGAACGUACACUCGAGUUAUCCGCAAGGCAACCCACCGCCGUACAGCCCGUCCGGGGGUUACCACGGCGGCAAUCCACCGCCGUACAGCCCGGCCGGGGGUUACCACGGCGGCAAUCCACCGCCCUACAGCUCAGGUGGCUACGGUCACCCACCACCUUACAGCUCGGGUGGUUACGGCGGUUACGGCGGCUACCAGCCGGCUGGUGGCUACGGUGGCCACAGUUUCAGCAGCAUGCCGGGCCAGGGCUACAACCCGUCGUACGGGCACUCCUCGAUGGGCAGCCAGCCUCAGACUGUGAUCUUGCAGUCCCAGAAGCCGGGCAUCGGCCAGCUCGCCAAGGAGGCCUUUGUGUUUGCCGGUGUGAGCGCAGGGGUCAACGCCGCCGUCAACAGGAUUCUGCCCGGUGGGAUCUACGGUAACAGCCACAGCAGCUCGAGCGGCGUGGUGCCACCGGUCUCCCACACCCAGAUCACUUACAACAAUUACUACAACAACGGGACGAGUGGCGACUCUCCCGCGGCGGCUGCUCCAGCUGCUACAGUACCCGUGGCCGCGGCGAUGACGCCCAAUGCCGCGCCAGCCCCGGCUGCCGAGGCCCCAGCUCCGACCAACGCCGCGCCCCAGCCGCUGCAGCCGAACGCCACCACGGAACCUCCUCCACCCUUCGGCAUCCCCGACUCCGAGCUGCAGAAGGUCACGGAAAAUCUAUUCGGUAAGGACGCGAACAACGCCUUCAAGCACAUCACCAUCAAUGUCCAGGGACAGAAGACGGACGACAGCACGACCGACGACGCUUCGGAGAACCUGCUGGAGGUGAAGCCCGAAGCUUGGGACAUCCCGACGGUCAAGUCGGUGCUGGCUCUGCACGACAAUUACGAGUUCGAUGUCAGGACCAAGGAGACGGUCACGUCGGAGGAGCGCAAGGAGGAGGCAGAUUUGAUUGACGCGUUCAUGGAGACCGACGUGAUGAAGGAGACGAUGAAGUACCUGGCCGAGAAGGGUUUCGUGCCGAACGACGAGUACGAGUUCAAGGACACCCUCAAGCGCAUCUGGUUCUCGCAGUUCAAGCGCGUGGACGGCGAGCCCUCGAGCUCGGGCUUCGAGACCGUCUUUCUGGCUGAGAAGUUCGACAGCGAGGUCAUCGGGCUCCACGACUGGAUCUACUUUGCCAAGCAGGAGGAGGCCAAGAAGCUCAACUACCUCGGCUACAUCAAGAAACUCGACCUUGGCUCCAACGGUGCAGUGAUAAAGGGCCGCUCCUCGUUGAACGGCAACGUCCAGCCGAUCACGACGAUAUUCGUCGGUACCUCGCCCGAGCUCGAGAUGGCCCUGUACACGCUGUGCUUCUACACGCGGCCUGGAAUCGUGUGCCCGGUGUCCCUGGGCAACGGUAAGGUCAUCAUCGUCGUCAACCGUGUCAACUACUUCGGCAAGGACAUCCUCAUUUCGGCCUUCCCUGAUAUCUAAUCGAAUGAGGAGCUUUCUGUGCUGUCGAUCCCUACACCGACAUAUAUAAUUGAAAUGUUUACGUACAUCUUUUUUUUUUUUUUUUCUUAAUACUCUCUCGAUCGUCAAUGAGGAAAGUUUAUUAGAUGAUCAAGCAACCAUGUUAUUACGAUAGUUGUAAGAGUUUUUUUUUUUUUUGUUUUUUCUUAUAUAUGUUCUUUUUGUUGCAUAGUGCAUGCAAUGUACGUAUAAAAAGCCUAUUUUAGUGUGUCAAAAGUUUUUAACGCGAAUACUAUAGAUUUUUUGUACAUUCCUAUGUGAUAUAAUAUUUUUUUCACUGUCUGUUUUUAAUAGAAUUCCAUUAAUGUAGAUCGUUUUUCCUUAGACGAACGAAGCUACAAGCAUCCAAAACACUUUUUUUUUUACUAAGAUAAAAUAUACCCAAACUUUUGAUGUUUGUAAUGUUAACUGGAUAGUUUUGCCAAUUAGUAUAUAUAAAAUAAAUAAUAUAUUCAAAGAA